CUCACGCUGUAGUCUACCUGUGAAUACACGCGUGUAUUGGAAAAACCUGCAGAAAAAUCCCACAAAAGUGUUAAUCAAUUAACUGUUAAUAAUCGCCAUUAACUUGAAUUAAGGAUUACUUAAUCCGUUGAUUAAUAGACCAAAUGCUGGGAAGUGAUAGCAAAGGCCAGUCCAUGAACUCGUACUAUGGGUUCAAUUCAUUAGCCAAGACGUGGAGUCCGUUGAACGGGUUUGGGGCCAAUCCGUGGUCACCGACUGCUCUCAAUGUCCAAAACAGUCGCUACUUCUUCAGCGGUCCUAAGGUUGGACGCAAUGUGUGGUCCGAUUGGCCAUCGCUUGAGGAGAGUGUCCAUCGGCGACAGCUGUUGCCACCGGCGCCCAUACCGGCGCCCAAUGCCACCAUCCAAUGGACCACAAACUUCUGGAAUAACAUCACCGGAGCUAAUAUGGGCCACGGAUUGGGCACCGGAGCCAAUGAUGACACCGGGAUGAGGGCUAUAAGUCCCGCGUUGAAUGGCUUUGGGUAUCAAACGGACGUCAGGGGAAGGGCUUUGUCGCCGAUCGGAUCGCCGCCCAAGUGGUCGCCCAUUAUAGUCAACGAUUGCCUUCCGGUGCAGCCGAAGGAUGACCAUCGAGUGGGUCGACCGAUGGAGCGCUACGUUCAGCCGCGGAUCCGGCGCCGUAUGCCUACUCUCACGGAAUGUGUGUUUUGUAAGAAUAAUAACGAACCCGAAGAGUACUACAAGACCCACAUCCUGAAGGACCCGGAGUGCAGAAUCACGUGUCCUAUUCUCCGGGCGUAUGACUGUCCCAUCUGUCAUAGUGGGGGCGGAGAUCGCGCCCAUACUGUCCGCUACUGCCCUCAGAAUAAGGCGGGAAUGCAGGCCAAGAUUGAACGCAUGCUCUCGGGAUCGACCGAUACGGUGAGGAACUGGUGCUCCACAAGAGUCGGUCAGUCAGACUCGGCUGAGGCUAAGAGGGGUCGUAAGAAACGCCGCUUUUGUGACAAAUAA